CUCUCACACAACUGAUCAACAUUGGCUCAGGAACAUAAUGCCCAGCCCGCCCAGGAUUAGCACAAUUUCUGGAAGACAUACAACAUCAGAACCUUGCUCUCCUGUUGAUUCGCCUCCAACUAAACAUAGACACACAGACUCGGAUCCUGCCUUCAAACUUUCCUUGACCCCUCCCACAGUCUAUCAUAGCUUGGCUUCCAGCUUCUCGUUCUCAACUGGAAGCCUCAAUUCCGAUCGAUUGGGUUCCGCUGGCGGUGGUCGAGGUCGUAGUCUGCACGCACCGGUACAGAUAUCACCACCCCCCUCGCGCGAUACCAGUGUCGGCUCACAAGACUCGACGGAUACGCACGGAUCCUGGCGCAAAUAUUUUAGUCCCAGAUCAUGGAAGACCACACCGUCGAAGAGACAUGCACCUGUUCCUCAAGAGCAGACCGAUGCGUAUUUGAGAACGAAAAUGCGCGUUCACUAUGCUGUCAAAUCAAUCGGUGAGGUUGCUCGUACCGGGAUUGAACUUGUUGCAGACACAGGGGAACUCAUUCCCGUGCCUGGUCUCGCAACCGUCGCCAAGCUACUCUCGAGCAUUUGGGACGCGUUGGAUGAAGUCGGUGUACGUCGCUUUGUCUGACCACGACAUCUAUGCACGCUCUCAUUACAGUUUUCAGUCUAAUCGGCUUGCAUGUCUACG